AUGGCCUUCCUACCAGAUAGUCAAAGAUCCUGGCUCAAACGGAUCGAGACCGCGAAGCUUCAGACCACCAAAACAAUUCAUUCGUUCGAGUCUGCUGCCUCUGGGUCAAAAAUUACCUUGCAACAAUUCCUCCUUCUCCGAGUGUUGUGGGUGAAAAAUGAGGCCAACGAAUUAUCAGACCUAUCCAAGCUUAGCAAAUGGAACAUCCCACAGCAAAAUAUCGAAGCCGCCCGGAAACAUCUCAAAGCAUUACCUAACUGGGUGCAAUAUAUAUCAACUAUAUCGAAAAAUCUGUCAUGGCAUCAGGAGAAAGGCUUUUCAUCCCUUGGCACUUUCUCCCUGGUUCGUCUCUACCAGCUCAAUUCUAAAUCCCUCGAUAUAUCUCAGAGGUUGUUUAUCCCCAAGCUUGAGUUCUCGCCAAUGAGAACUAGAAGCCAUGGUCUAGCCGGUAGUGCUCAAGCAAGGGACGGCAAUCCUGUUACACCAACACGUUCUAAGAAGAAAGCGACGGCAUCCGAUUAUUCCAGCCUAGUUGACGAGGCAACGGCCGACUUUGAGGGCAUUCACAUCGAUGACGAUGAAAGCCCAGAGUCCCUUUUGCAUAUUUCCCCAUUCAGUCCGCCUACUGGGGACCUUGGUCCCGCUUUCAAGAGCAUCAGUGACGAACAAAUUGUCAACACGGCACUGCUUCUUUAUCUUCAAGCACUGCUGAUCAACAUUUGUGAAAUUGGGGCAGAUUGGACGCCCGAACGCCGCGCCUUAGUGGUGAAGAAGAAAGAUGGACAAAAGGUCUACGAGGCUCGAGUAGAUGGGUUUCUUCGCUAUCAGCAUGAUGAAAAUAGCCCAAUAAUGGCUAUCGUCGAGGUCAAGCCCUCUAUUCGUGAGCAAACACUCGAGACCGACGCCAUCCGAAUGCAGGAGGGCGCUCAGAUGGCUGCGUGGAUUUCCCAGCAUCCACCAACACCUUCUGAGCUUACCCCGGGUGGUAUAUUCAGUCGCCUACUCGUCUCUCAGGACCGUCACCAGAUUUAUCUGACAUUCGCAGAAUUUGAUACGGAUUAUGUACACUAUAUUUGUGAUACCACCUCGAGCCCUAAGCUAUCGACCCCUUUGGGCAAGAAACCGUCGACUCCCCCAAGCCAGAUCCCGCCGCCUAAGUUGAGCUUUCUUAAAAUGAACGAAUAUGGGCCUUUCGACAUUGGAAUUGAAAGCCAUAUGAGCUCACUUGGGCAGAUUGUACUGGCUUUCUCCUGUCGGGCAUGUGAGAUCAGAAAGAAGGCGCUUUCAAAAGCACAGAGGCAGAAGUAA